AUGAACGGCCAUGCCAAUGGGCUUUCCAAGGAGCCAAAAUUCGCAAGCGGACUCAUUCUGCCCCCGCCGGAGAUCAAGUCCGUCAUUGACCGGACGGCACUCUUUGUUGCGAGGUCGGCGAACCCCCCUCAGUUUGAGGACAAAAUUCGCGAGAACCAGCGUCAGGACCCAAAGUUCUCGUUUCUCAACCCGGCCGACCCUUAUCAUGCUUACUACAGACAUCGCAUGGACAAGGUGGUCCGCGGCGAGCUGGAUGAUGAGACUGCACCCAAGGAGCAGGUGAAGGUGGACGGUGUCGUGGAGGAAAAGGAGGUCGACAAAGGCGUCGAGCCUCUUGUGCCAGAGUUCGUCCUCGACAUUCCCAACAUUACCGCCAUUGAUUUAGAUAUUAUGAAGCUUACAGCACUCUUCACGGCCCGCCGUGGACGCUCGUUCCUCGCCGCCCUGUCAGCUAGAGAGGGUCGCAACUACCAGUUCGACUUCCUGAGGCCCACCCACUCCCUCUUCGGUUAUUUUAAUCGGUUAGUUGAGCAGUACUCGAAAGUUCUUCUGCCCAGCAAAGAGAUGCUAGAGCAGUUGAACGAACGUACACAGGAAGGCGCGCGAUGGAAGGAGCUCGAGAUUGCUAAGAAGCGGGCUCGGUGGCAACAUAUUAAGCGAGAACAAGAGAAGAAACGUGAAGAUGACAAGGAGGCGGAGCAAAUCGCUUUUGCUGAGAUUGACUGGCAUGACUACGCGAUUGUCCAGACCAUCGAAUUCACAGCGGCGGAUGCUACUUCUGAGCUGCCACCUCCCAUGAGCGUGCAGGAAGUGGAGAACAUGACACUCGCACAGAAGAGGAUGGCCGCCAUGAUUAUGGAGACAACUGCGGAAGAUGUUGAAGCCCACCGUGCUCGCCAAGCUGCUGCGGAGGCGGAAGCUGCAGCAGCAGUGGGAGGUGCCGGGGUUCCCAUCAAUGCGGGAGCCGACGAUGCAGCGAUGGACGAAAGCGAUGACGAGGAUAAGGAGUCGCAAGAAAGAAGAAGACGAGAGGAUGAGGAACGGCAGAAAGAAUUGGAAAGAGCACGAGCUAUCCAGGCCAACUCCCUGGAGGCUGGUGCUCCUAUGAAGAUUAGAACCGAUUAUGUGCCCAAGGUGGGCAAGAAAUCCGCGGAGAAGAUGACAACAUGUACCAUUUGUGGUCAGCAAAUCCCCGUGGAUGAGCUGCAGGAGCACAUGCGUAUCGAGCUACUCGAUCCUAAGUGGAAGUCGCAGCGUGAUGUCCUCGAGGCCCGCAAGGCCCAAGCAUCCGAGCUGCAGCGCGGUGCGAACGUCGUAUCAUCGCUCAAGAACCUUGCUCGCACGCGUGUUGAUAUUUUCGGUGCUGAGGCAGACGAAGAGAAGCGCAAGAAAGAGGAGGAAGAAGAGAGGCUCCGGCGGAGGGAACGGGAGAAGGUUGUCUGGGAUGGCCACACUGCCUCGAAGGCAAACACGCUCGACAAGUUCUCGACGAACGUCAACUUCGACGAGCAGAUUGCCGCGAUUCACCGCGCGAAAGGUCUGGGACCGCAAGAAGUGAAUGCGAUUGGGCCGGGCAUUGGUCCUGCCGCGGCACCUGCGCCAAUGACAUCCUUGCCGCCGCCUCCUGCAUCGCUUCCUGCUCCUCCUAUGCAGGGUUCUGGCGACCCUGCUUAUUCCGCGGCGACAGUUGCCUCCGGCCCGCAGCCCGCUUCGCUUUAUCCCAGUCAGCCUCCGCCUGUUAUGCUGCCGCCUCUGCACUACCAGGGCAUGGAUGCGCCACAGCCAUUUGGUUACCAGCCGCCGCCCGCUUCAGCGCCGGUUAUGCACCCCGCUCGCGCCGCAGCGCUUGCUGGGUCACCCGGAGCUGUCGGCACGCCUCCGCAGACGGGUAUGGUGCGCUCUGCUGAUCAGAUGGAGGGUGGUAUGGACGAGAUUCCACCGGCCAAACGCCAGAAGAUUGCCAAAAUCCCCGGCACGCAGCUGUAUUCCGAAGAGGAUUGGAUCAACAUGCAUCCGCAUCCUAUCGCGCUUGUUGUUCAGCUACCAAACGAUCCGUCUAAGCCUGAAUGGAAGCUCGACGGCCGGGUCCUCACUGUCCCUGAUUUACCUCUUAAUCUUCUCGUGUCUACUCUCCGCGAGCGCAUUGUGCAACACAUGGGUACCGCAUUACCCGUGUCUCGCCUUCGAUUGUCUUAUGCUGGCCGUAUGCUUGCAAACACGAACAAUCUUGCAAGUUACAACAUUGAGGACGAGGAGUUGGUCUCGCUCAGCAUCAGCGACAAGAAGAAAAAGUAG